UUUCUGCAGGAGAUGAGCGUCGGCUAUGCCAACGGCAUCCGUGUCAUGAGUAUGACGCACACGGGGGAGCCAGGCUUCAUGCUCUACAUCCCCAUCGAGUAUGCCCUCCAUGUGUACAACGAGGUGAUGAGCGUGGGGCAGAAGUACGGGAUCCGGAACGCUGGCUAUUACGCCCUCCGCAGCUUGCGCAUUGAGAAGUUUUUUGCCUUCUGGGGCCAAGAUCUGGAUGCUUUCACCAGCCCUAUGGAAUGUGGGCGAGAAUUCCGGGUGAAGCUGGACAAGGGCAUGGAUUUCAUCGGGAGGGACGCGCUGAUGGCUCAGAAGCAGGAAGGGGUCUACAAGCGCUUCACCAUGUUCAUCCUGGAAGACCAUAACACGGACCUGGACUUGUGGCCCUGGUGGGGGGAGCCCAUCUAUCGCAACGGCUGCUACAUGGGCAAGACCACCAGCAGCGCUUACAGUUACACGCUGGAGCGGCACGUUUGCCUGGGCUUCGUUCACAACCUGGACCCCGAGACCGGCAAGGAGCAGCUGGUCACCCCAGACUUUGUCAACCGGGGCGAAUACGAGAUCGACAUUGCGGGGCAGCGCUUCCAAGCCAAGGCCAAGCUCUACCCCUUCAGCUCCCUGUUCACCUCCCGCCGGCGCAAGGACGAGAUGGAGUUCAGCGGCUUCCAGGGAAAAUAA